AAAUUUUUAACAUAUAGAUGCCGAAUACCUUGUAUAUCUCGUAUUUCGUCCCGCAGGCAGAAUUAGAAUCAAAUUUUGGCAGUUACACGAGCACAUCAAGUUUAGUCUACGAAUAAUGUGUUGUAUUGUACACCGUUAAUUCUUAACUUAAUAUUUUGACUUUUAAUAAAGUAUUAUUAAGAAGAAUACAACAUCUACAUAGGUCGGAAAGUAAAAGUGCUCGAGCAGUACUACUCGAAAUCUCGAUACUCGAAUAUUCGAGCUCGUUCACGCUCGCUUUCUUUUUUGAUUUCUUGAAGUACUUUUCUCACUACGUACUUUGUACGCGCUAAAAGAAGUUCGUCGUUACUAGUGCCACCGUCGUCGUCGAUGCACUCAAUUAUAUCAAAUCUGGCUACACUGUGUGUAGCCAAGAUGAUAUUAUUAGUGCGUACAAAAUCUAUUUUAAUCCUACACAUAUAAUUUCGUUCGAACUGUAGGGGGUAAACGCAGUUUAAAAUAAACUUGAAAUAAUCUAGUAACGUCUGGAUAAUUCUGUGUUCUUUUUAACGCGAUGCAAAAGCGGCGCAAGCUUCAGUAUUGCACUAUAGACUUUCAAAGUGUUACCGGUAGUUGAAUUUUUGACGAGUGUAUCUCUGAUUGAAAAAGUUUGUAUGAUAUAAUAUCUAUUUCCUAGAAGUUUUAAGUUAAAACAUUUUCCAUUAUGACAAAAGCAACUACAACUGCACAUGAAUGGAAGGAAAAGGGUAACCAGGAAUUUAAUAAAGGGAAUUGGACGGAAGCUUUAAAUUGUUAUACAAAUGCAUUGAAGCUUAUGAAUGAAAACAACUCUGAAAAAGCUAUAUAUUACAAGAAUCGUGCAGCUACAUACUUAAAACAGAAAGAAUAUGAACCAGCUAUUAAAGAUUGCAACGAAGCUCUUGAAAUAUGCUCAAACGAUCCUAAAGCAUUAUUUCGCAGAUGCCAAGCAUUGGAAGCAUUAGAAAGAUUUGAAGAAGCAUAUCGCGAUGCAAGAUAUAUUAUUUCAAUAGAUCCUGGCAACAAGGCAAUUCAGCCCAUUGCUGCACGGUUACACGAAAUUGUACAGGAAAGAUACAAACAAAAUUCUCGUGUUGGUGCCAAGGUAUCACAAAUGAUGGACAUAGUUUUUGAAAUGGAAAAAGAUACUGAAAAGCGUAAAACAGCAAUAAAUAAUUUGCUUGUUCUUGUUCGAGAAAGAGCAGGAGCAGAAGCAAUGCUUAACGAAGGAAUUAUUCCUAAAUUAAUAAAAAUUUUUAAACUUGAAAAAAAUGAAGAAAUAAUAAUAGUUGCAAUUAGAAUUAUUGCUGAAUUAUGUAGAAAUAAUAUUAAUCGGACUGAAAUUAUUCUGAAAGAUAUUGGUUUGCCAUGGUGUUUAGAAAUGAUUAACAGUAAACUCACAGAGAGAGUUAAUGCUGCACAAUAUUGUUUACAGACCAUACUUAAUACUUAUAGUGGAAUGGAUAAUAAACCAGAUACAAAACCAAAUAAAGAAUUAUGUGACAAACAUAACAAAGAAAUCGAUAGCAUUUUAUCUUGUUUAUUGUACAGUGUAACGAGUAGGACAAUUUCUGGAAUAGCUAGAGAUGCAAUUAUAGAACUUAUUAUGCGUAAUAUUCAUUACACUGCUUUAAGUUGGGCGGAACGGUUGGUUGAACUUCGUGGCUUACAACGUUUAAUGGAGGUAGCAAGCGAACUUGAAGAAUAUAAAUAUGAAUCUUCAAUGGAUAUUACACCGUCUACUAGAACUGUAACCAGUGUGUGUUUGGCAAGAAUUUAUGAAAACAUGUAUUACGAUGCGGCAAAAGAAAAGUUCGGAAAUGCUAUUGAUGAAUACAUUAAAGAUAGAUUACUUACACCGGAUAUAGAAUCUAAGGUUCGUGUUGUAGUUGCAAUAACAACUUUAUUGCUUGGUCCAUUGGAUGUUGGAAACACAAUAAUUGCUAAAGAAGGUAUUUUGGAAAUGAUACUUGUUAUGGCUGGCACAGAUGAUGUAUUACAACAAAAGGUUGCUUGCGAAUGUAUUGUUGCUGCUGCAUCCAAAAAAGACAAAGCUACUGCGAUUAUAAAUCAAGGCGUAAAUAUAUUGAAAAAAUUAUAUCAAUCUAAAGACGACUCUAUCAGAGUACGUGCUCUGGUAGGAUUGUGUAAAUUAGGCAGUUCGGGCGGUUCAGAUGCAACGAUAAGGCCAUUUGCUGAUGGAGCAACAAAAAAACUGGCUGAAGCGUGUAGAAGAUUUUUAAUUAAUCCUAAAAAACAAAAAGAUAUGAGAAAAUGGGCAGUAGAAGGAUUAUCGUAUCUCACGUUUGAUGCCGAAGUUAAAGAAAAGUUAAUUGAAGAUGGUCAAGCAGUUCAAGCAAUGAUAGAACUUGCUAAAACUGGAGAUCAGUCUGUAAUCUACGGUGUUGUUACAACAUUAGUAAAUUUGUGUAAUGCUUACGAUAAACAAGAAAUGAUACCAGAGAUGAUAGAAUUAGCUAAAUUUGCUAAGCAUCAUAUACCCGUAGAACAUGAACUUGAUGAUCCAGAUUUUGUGAGCAAGAGAGUAAUAUCUUUAGCUAAAGCUGGUGUUACAAGCGCAUUGGUUAGUCUCUCUAAAACUGAAAGCCAAAACAGCAGAGAAUUGAUAGCACGUGUUUUCAAUGCAAUUUGUAGUCAACAAGAAGUAAGGGGAAUUGUUGUUCAACAAGGUGGAGCAAAGGCUCUUUUACCAUUGGCCUUAGAUGGAACAGAUAAAGGAAAGAAACAAGCAUCGCAAGCACUUGCACGUUUAGGAAUUACAAUAAAUCCAGAAGUUGCAUUCCCUGGAGAAAGGAUAAUGGAAGUGAUUCGACCAUUUAUAAAUCUUCUAAAUCCAGAAUGUUCUGCGCUUGAAAACUUUGAAGCUUUAAUGGCUUUAUGUAAUUUAGCUGGUAUCAAUGAUAAUAUUAGAAAACGAAUUUUAAAAGAAGGAGGUUUUCAAAAAGUCGAGGCUUAUAUGUUUGAAGACCAUGAUAUGUUAAGACGUGCAUCCACUGAAGUAGUAAAUAAUUUAAUAAUGUGCGAAGAUACUGUAAAAUAUUACGAAGACGAAAAUGAUAGAGUUAAAUAUCUAGUAAUUCUUUGUCAAGAUGAGGAUAUAGAUACAUGCAUGGCGGCUGCAGGAGCUUUAGCAAUGUUGACUUCCGUUAGCAACAAAUCUUGUAUGAAAAUAUUUGAUACAAAGGAUUGGUUGGAAUCAUUGCGAUUUUUACUUGCUAAUCCAAAUUCCGACUUACAACAUAGAGGAGUCGUAGUUGUUUUAAAUAUGAUCAAAAGCACAAAAGAUGUCGCGGCUAGACUAAUUGAAACCGAUGUAAUGGAAAUUUUAAUGGCUUUAACAAAGAGUGAUACAUUAGAAAAUACAAAGAUAAAGGAAAUAGCAGCUAAUGCAUUAGAAGCAGCAGCAAAAUGGAAACUUAUUAAGAAGAAUGCAAAUGAAGAACAAACGUCGCAGAGUACGAAUAAUUUGGAAAAUAUCGAAUAAAUAUGCAACACAUACUUAACUUAAUUAUGAAAAUCAUAAAUAUAGUAUGAAAUAUAUUACGAUGAUUAUACUUCUCUUAAAGUGCCUCAGAUGUGUUCAAUCUCAUCUUUUAUAGUAAA